AUGUCAUUACUCAUACGAUAUUCUACUUCUUCUAAUGCCUCUCCUAUUCAAGAACAACAAAAAGCUAAAUUACAUAAAAGAAUAAGGUCGACAGAUUCAUUAACUAAAUGUGCUUUUUAUGGUCAAGAACGACCUGUUUUUGUUAAUGGUAAAAUAAUUAAGUCAUCAGGAGUUUCAUUACCAAAAUUAUCAAAUUCAUAUUUACUAAAAAGGGGUGGUUCUCCUUUAAAAACAGAAAAUGGAAAUGUACUUGAUCAAUCAGAAGAGGAUGUUUUAUUAUUUAAACAACAAUAUUCAUGUUCAAAACGAUUUGAUAUUGGUACGGCUCAAACAAUAGGAAAAAGGGUUUAUAUGGAAGAUACUCUUAUGGUCAAAGGUGAGUUAUACGAUGAUAUUGAUUUUAUAGGUGUAUUUGAUGGGCACAAUGGACAAGGGGCUGCAAUAAAAUCAAUGCACACAUUUUAUUCAUUAAUUGAUGGAUAUACAGUACAUUCAGAUCAUGUCAAAGACCAUUUAUCAAAAGUAUUUGAACAAAUGCAUACUUUAGUUUCUAUGUCUACUGAAUCAGGGACAACUGCAUCGAUUCUUCUUAUAAGAGAAAAUGAUGUUAUAAUUUGUAGAUGUGGUGAUUCACCAAUUUAUGUAUUAACUACAGAUGAUGAAAUAAUGAAAGUAGGUAAAGAUCAUAAUCUUUAUGAUAAAGAUGAAGUUGAAAUGAUUAAACAAAAUGGUGGAAAUAUUGUAAAUGUAUCUGGUGUAUUACGUGUUAAUGGUAAGAUUACUAUCACUCGUUCAAUUGGAGAUAAACAAUUUCAUCCUCCAUUGUCUUGUUUGCCAUCAAUAGAUAUUAUAUCAUUAUCUACUAUUAAAUCAAUACUUGUUGCUAGUGAUGGUAUUUCAGUUGUUAGUGAGGAUUUUCUUAGAGAAAUAUUAUUAGAAGAAUUUACAAGUGAUAUUAAAGCUCAGUGUGUAAGAAAUAAUGCUUUAGAAAAAGAUAGUAAAGAUAAUAUUUCAGUUGUUGUUGUUCAGAUACGUACUAUUAUUUAA